AUGGAUGCGGACGCUGUACUGAAGCGCUUCGAAAACCGCCCUUCGCGACGAGAUCAUGACCUAGAACGUGGACACAGCAGCGGCAGCGAUACUCCCAAGAAGAUUACCAAUUCACUUGACGAACUAGUUGAGGAUAGAGCUAAAGCUCAAGCCAGCGAGCUGCUGGAGAGAAAGCACAGGAAGAAGCGCAAUACUCUAGACCUUCAGCAGCGCGAGGAGUACCACAGCGCUGGAGUUUUCUGGUCUUCAAGGAAACUCCACGAAGCUGAGGCGCGCAAGGCCGUGCAGCAGAGCGAAGCUGAGUGCGAACGACUCCAGAAAACUCACGAUAGAGAGCUGAAAGCGGCGGCAAACUUAUAA